AAUGAUGCUCAAUGAGUCAGUUGACUGGUUCUCAAUUACAAAAUCUGUUAAAUUUCGUUCAUUUUAUUAUUUUUAAGUCUCUGUAAACUUCUUCCAAGUCUUCGUCUUUCAUUAUAUAUUUUAUUAUUACAAGUAUUAUGUCUGUUCACGAAGACAUGGCCAUCGAUAUCACUCGACAACUGAUUGAUUCAUUAUUUGGAUCAGAUUCAGACGAAAAGCCUAUUAAGAAGGCCAACAAAUUCAGUGAUGGCUUGUCUUUGAUCCGAGCGUUCAGUUCUUUACAGAGAGGGGAGAAUCUAAAGAGUCCGCUGAAGACAGUAAAUACCAAUUCAAUGGAUAAAAAGUGGCAAAUCUGGUAUUGGAAGCCAACCAAUAGACAGGCCUGGAAUUGGGAGGACUUCCUGCAAAUGAAGACUUCGUUUUCGACUAAAGAAGAAUUCUGGAGAUGUUAUGAUGAACUGAAAGGCUUUGAGUUUGGUCUCCUUGGCUCUCAUUUCAAUUAUUGCGUAUUCAGAGAGGGAGUCAAACCCAUGUGGGAGGACCCGGCUAAUCGAGGCGGUGGCCGAUGGGUACUGGAGUUCCCCCGAAAGAAGGACUGGAGACACAUCAGCCACUUGAAUGAUAUUUGGCUCAAACUCGUACGUAUAUUGUUAUCAAUAACUGGAUACAACGGCUCAUCUGAUGAUUAUAUCAAUGAAAUCUGUGGAGCAGUGCUCAUGAUUAGACACAAUGUCAACAAAAUAGCCGUUUGGACCAAAAAUGCAGACAACACUCUGAAAAAUCUGAAAAUAGGGCAAACACUUAAGGCUAGCACUGGAUUCGGUGGCAAAAUGUUUUACACAAAUCAUAAGUCAAAUGAUCAGAAGAUUGUCGUCAACCGAGAGAAGAAAAUUCGUUUCAAAGAGAAUUCUCCGCAAUAAUUGCUAUUAUUGAACCCAUACUUAUGUAUACCUAUACAUCU